GGUGACUUGAUGAUGCCGCGAAGAUAUGAAACCCAUGUCCGCCGAGAAAAUACUCCGGAGGUCAACCACACAAAACAAAACGACUUGAACAACGCUGAGAUAAUAUUGACAUUGCGAGGAAAUCCGUUUCAGGAAUAUGGCACAGCCUUGCACUGUGCAGAUAUCCUGCUCUGCGCCAGAAGAGACUCAACUGACGCUUCGAGCUGGGUUUACGGAUGACCUUGGUAUCAAUAUCCUCACCCUUCAAGGUCAGCACAGUCUGGAUUGGUACCCCAUAUUUCGAGGAUCGCAGAGGGCUUUUCGACUUACAAAUGGUGGAGUGUUGAAAGUUCGUGAUUACGUUCGUCUGCACUUCUGGCGUGAUGGUGCCAGCCGCAGCGAGGAGGAAGAGUUUUACAUCCCACUGGACGAAAACCCCAAUAUUCAAGACAUCCCAGACAUGCAUGUGAUCUUGGGUCUGGAUUGCUUUCUUAAGCUCGAGGAUUUCACCGACAGUCACUCGUCUCUAGCCCCUAUACAGCUAGACCGGCAAACUAAGGAGCAAAAGGAAAAACAGCAAAGGGCCCUCAAACUCAAGAGGGAGCAGGCUCAGGAAAAUGCGAAUAAGAGAUACGAGCUACAAAAGCAGCGCCGUCAGCAGCGUGCAGGCGCAACCGGUCGGACUUAGCCAGCUCAUGAAGCUAGAUUGAUCUUUAUUUUAAAUAUUGUUAUUCGGCUUUGUGUUACUUGUUCUUGAAUGGAUAAUCGCUUUCUCUUCUAGAAUGUGUUCGAUAGCUUUAUCAAGGUAUUAUGCUCACCCAUCCUAUGCGACGGUAAGUAAACUAGCAC